AUGAAGGCGCUCAUGAAAAAGUAUAACGUCAACAAAGAGAACCCGCCGUUCGACGGCAUGUACCCAUGGUCCCAGAUGUGCGUCGGCGGCUCGUUACGCGCAGCGAGCAAGAUCUGUGCGGGAGAGACGGACGUCGCGAUCAACUGGUCAGGUGGUCUACAUCACGCCAAGCGAGGCGAAGCCAGCGGGUUUUGCUUUCUGAACGAUGUCGUCAUAUCCAUUCUGGAGAUGCUGAAGUACCAUCCGCGGGUGAUGUACAUUGACAUUGACAUCCAUCACGGAGACGGCGUCGAGCAAGCGUUUUACCAUACCAAUCGCGUGAUGACAGUAUCCUUCCACAAGUAUACCCAGGAUUUCUUUCCAGGGACAGGAAAGUUGGAAGACAACGGCGCGGGGGUAGGGAAGCAUUUUGCGUUGAAUGUGCCGUUGAAGGACGGGAUUACGGACGACAUGUACACCGUCCUGUUCAAGGAAAUUGUCAACGACGCUGUCGAUCACUUCCGGCCGUCUGUCAUUGUUUUACAAUGCGGCGCUGACUCUCUCGGCCAGGACCGCCUCGGGGCUUUCAACCUCAGCAUCUCGGCGCAUGGCGAGUGCGUCAGGCAUGUCCUGACCUAUAACGUCCCAGUGCUUGUCGUUGGCGGAGGAGGAUACACCUUGAGAAAUGUUGCGCGUUGCUGGACAUACGAAACGGGCGUUUUGGCCGGAGUCGAUUUGGCGAACGAGCUCCCCAACACGAUGUACGACGCACAAUUCACCAGCUCCGGACACCGGCUUCAUCCCACGCUCGUCGGUGAGGGAGAGAACUUGAACACGGUCAGGAGCUUGCAGGAUAUCAGGAUGCACAUUGCGGAGAGGCUGCGGUACUUGUCGCAUGCACCUAGCGUUGCCAUGGCGGAGGUGCCCCCUGAUCUUGAGAAUUGGCUUGCGGAACAAGCGCGCAAGGAGCUAGAGGCCUUAGACGCUGUUGAAGAGACAAGAGAAGUGCCCCUAGCCACGGCUGACAAUGAAUUCUUCGAUGAUGAGAUGGACGUAGAUCAAGACGACAUCGUGCGGGCGGACGUCAGCGAUAGCACGUCUGAAGCGAAAUCCUUGAAAAAUCAAGGUCGCGGGACAGGCAGAGUCGUGCGACAGGGACGUAGAGGCGUGCGCGGAAGGGCAUAUCAUGGACGCGCUCGCACCGCUCUAUCUACGACCAGAAACGAUGCUAAAGAAAAGGAAGAGUUGGAGAGCUCUAGCUCCAGCUCCAGCUCGGGCUCUGGCUCCACUCCCGCCAGGCGCGCGCGCGGGCGUGGCAAAGGGCGCGCAGUUGUUAGAAGUAGGGGACGUGGAAGAAAGCGUUGA